AUGAAGACUAUAAUUCUACUAUUAUUUCUUCUAGAAUCAACUCAAUCAUUACCAAUACAGCUCAAUCCUGCUUUGGGACUUCCUCAGGCAAAGCUUGUUCCGGAUCAGACAACACUGCUGAACCAACAGCAGCCAAAUCAGGUCUUCACUUCUUUGGGUCUAAUACCACUGACACAGCUGCUCACACUGGGGUCAGAUCUGCAUCUUCUAAAUCCUUCUACAGGAUUGGCAGCUGGCGCUCAGACUCUUCCAUUGAACCUCGGGGCCUUGACUGUGCAGCAGCAGCUUCAAUCACAGAUGUUACCUAUUAUUGUAGCACAACUUGGAGCCCAGGGUGUUAUCCUAAGUUCGGAAGAAUUGCCUGUAGCUCCACAAAUCUUUGCAGGCCUCCUCAUCCAGCCCCUGUACCCAGGAGCCAUCCUGCCCACCAGUCAGGCAGGGGCUACUCCAGAGUUGCAAGAGGGAACCCUUCCUGCAGGACAAACAGGAGUAAAUCCUGCCAUACAAAGAACCCCAGAAGAUCACCUCCCAACCCCUACUGGCACAGAUGAUGUGUUUGGAGGUACCACACCUGCCAGCCUCCAAAGAAGCAUGUACACCACUGAGGAAACCACCACAGAAUCACCAGAUGCAGUGUUUCAAGUAACCAAAGCACAAACCCAAGCAGAUGUAGUGAAACAGUUAAGAUAUUCUGUUCCAUUGACUGAUCCUGAACAAGCCUCAGAUUCUUCUCAAUGUGACACUACAAUAAGGAACUGGUAA